AUGUUCCCCGAAUCCGACUUCCUCGGACGCGACGUCAUCGAGAUCCCCUUCGGUAAUGACGCGCCGCUUGUCGGCGGCCUAAAAAGUUACGACUACUUCGGCGACGGGAGCUUCUACCUCCUCGAAGCACCCGGGCUCACCCCCGCUAUCCUGCACUGCGUCGGCCACAUGCUCGGCCUAGCCCGCACGACGCCCUCACCCGCCGCAACCUGA